AGCCUGUUGCUGAUGCUGCCGCGCGGUGUUCGUCAUGGAGCUGGCGCCGCCGAGCCGUCCCGGGCCUCGGUGGCUGCUGCUGUUGCUGCUGCUUCUGCCGCUGCCUCUACUGGGCCAGAGCGCGCUAGGAGCUGCCACUGAUGGGUCCACGGAGGAGGGCAAGGAAGUGUGGGGCUAUGUGACUGUCCGCCAGGAUGCCCACAUGUUCUGGUGGCUCUAUUAUGCCACCCACCCCUGCAAGAACUUCUCAGAACUGCCCCUGGUCAUGUGGCUUCAGGGCGGUCCGGGUGGUUCCAGCACUGGAUUUGGAAACUUUCAGGAGAUCGGGCCUCUUGACACUGACCUCAAACCCCGGAAUACCACCUGGCUCCAGGCUGCCAGUCUCCUCUUCGUGGAUAAUCCCGUGGGCACGGGGUUCAGUUACGUGAACAAGAGCGCCUCCUAUGCCAAAGACCUCGCCAUGGUGGCUGCAGACAUGAUGGUCCUGCUGAAGACCUUCUUCGAUUGCCACAAAGAAUUCCAGACAAUUCCAUUCUACAUUUUCUCAGAAUCCUAUGGAGGAAAAAUGGCUGCUGGUAUUGGUCUAGAACUUUAUAAGGCUGUGCAGCAAGGGACCAUCAAGUGCAAUUUCUCUGGGGUUGCCUUGGGUGACUCCUGGAUCUCCCCUGUUGAUUCAGUGCUCUCCUGGGGACCUUAUCUGUACAGCAUGUCUCUCCUGGACGACCAAGGUCUGGCGGAGGUUUCUCGUGUUGCUGAGCAAGUCCUGGAUGCCAUCAACAAGGGGCUCUACAAGGAAGCCACUCAGCUGUGGGAGAAAGCAGAAAUGGUCAUUGAGAAGAACACGGAUGGGGUGAACUUCUACAACAUCUUAACCAAAGACACUCCCAUGUCUGCCAUGGAGUCCAGCCUGGAAUUCACGCGGAGCCACUUGGUUCGUCUGUGUCAGCGUCACGUGAGACACCUACAUGGAGAUUCCCUGAGUCAACUCAUGAAUGGUCCCAUCAGAAAGAAACUCAAAAUUAUUCCUGAGGAUUUCUCCUGGGGAGCCCAAUCUUCCAACGUCUUCAUGAACAUGGAGGGGGACUUCAUGAAGCCGGUCAUCAGCAUUGUGGAUGAGCUGCUGGAAACCGGGGUCAACGUGACCGUGUAUAAUGGCCAGCUCGACCUCAUCGUGGACACCAUGGGUCAGGAGGCCUGGGUGCGGAAGCUGAAGUGGCCAGAACUGCCCAAAUUCAAUCAGCUGAGGUGGAAGGCCCUGUACAGCGACCCCAAAUCCUCUGAAACAUCUGCUUUUGUCAAGUCCUACAAGAACCUGGCUUUCUACUGGAUUCUAAGAGCUGGCCACAUGGUUCCCUCUGACCAAGGGGACAUGGCUCUGAAGAUGAUGAAGCUGGUGACUCAGCAAGAAUAGGACUGACGGCUGGAGAUGAGCUGGGUUGAUCUCAGUCCAGGAGCUGAGCCCGCGACCCUGGAGCAGUGGGAGUCAGCCAUAUUCCUUCAGUUUGACCUAGGCUGUGCUUGGGAAGGUUCCCCCCAGCCUCAGCAGAGGAUAAAGUGUUGCCCCAGGACAAGCUGGAAAUCAGUGCUGCUUAAGAAAACUGAAGUUCUUACAAAAUGGGCUUGUUUUUAUCAAAAUGAAGGAUUAUAACAGAUUAACUUUUCCUUAUUACAAAAGCAAAUGAUGUGAUUUGUACAAACAGUGGAAAUUAAGGUAAACAAAGAACAAAAUAAACACUCGUGUACAGGGACAAGCACUGUUACCAAUAUGGUAGAAACCAUGGCAGGUCCUUUUUUGCUAUAUAGACGUAUAUAUUUUUUACAAAGAUUGAAUCGUCAUGUCCUAUAUGCUACUGUGCUGUCUGCUUUGUUCACACAUCAGUCUGCCCAGGCGCCUUUCAUGGCAGUGUUCUGAGACAGCUGAGUGGCUGCUGAGUGAUCGGUUUCAUGGUUGUGCAUGUUUAUUUACUGCAGCCCCAACUGUUUCCCACAAGUAAUUUCUGGUUCAUCCCAACUGUAAACAGUGCUCUGUGAUUCAUUCUGAUGGUUACGUGUGUCUGCACAUCCCUGUUAUUCCCUGACAGUAAACUCAUAAAUGUAUAA